AUGGGCAUUGCUCUGAUUAUUCUUCUAAAAUUCACAAAUGAUGUUUCUAUUUGGAUUCUUGGUGCAAUCUUGAUCAUGUCAAGAACGGUAAAGAGAGCUUUGAUGGGAUUAUUCAUCUUCAUUCUUGCUUCUGCUAGUGUUUUGGUAGCCGCCAUUGUAGGAGCAAUGGAAGGUCACACCACAGAUAUCGGGUUUAUUCAAGGCGGGUUGCUAGGCGUGGUGGCUGGAGUUAUCACCGGGAUCCAACUCUUUGGUCUGAUGCUACAUGAUGAUCAACCUUUGUCUAAGGUGGCUUUACUGAGGAGAGUAGUGAGUGGGAAAGCCAUCAUGGGAUUGGUUAGACCGGCUGUUCUCAAAGCAUAUCAAUGGCAAAUAAGUGGUUUGGAUACAAGUUACAUGGAGAUAUCAGACAUGUACGACUUUGACCAAGAAACAAAAGGAUUGUCGAGAAACUUUGUUCAAAACAUUCCGAAGUUUUACAGUUGCUCAGACCAUCAAACCACGAGUUGUCCGAUUUGUUUACAGGAUUGGGAAGAAGGGGAAGUAAGAAGAAAGCUAGAGAGAUGUGGCCAUACAUUCCAUAUGAAUUGCAUAGAUGAAUGGUUGCUUAGGCAAGAGACUUGUCCCAUGUGUAGAGACCAUCUUUCAUAUUACACUUCAACUACUUAA